GUGGAUAAUGCGAUCGAACGCCACGUUGAGUGAGCCAUGGAAACGAUUUGUCCUCACGUCUGUAUUUGUUCAAGCUAAGCUGGCAUGAUUAUAUAGACCAUAUCGAUACUCCCCUUGUUGCUAGUUGUCUUUCUCAUAGCUAUAAUGUCACACACAACGAUUAUAAGACGCCCGGAUGAGGUUCCGACCGAAAAAGACCUCUGCGAAGCGUAUGAACUUGACCUGCAAUCCGCGAAUGGCGAAGCGGUUCGAUUCGGUGAGUUGAUCGCCGGCAAGGGUGAUCACAUCACCACGAUAGUAAUAUUCAUACGCCACUUCUUUUGCGCCUACGACCAAGAUUAUGUCCAUGUAAUAUCCCGACGCCUGACCGAGUCGGUGCUAUCUACUCUCCCUAGUCCCAGCGGGCCAGCUCAAGUGAUCAUUAUCGGCUGUGGUAACCCGGCUGCCAUCGUCCCCUAUGUCGCCGAGACAUCUGCGGCAUUCCCAAUCUAUACGGACCCCUCUGGCAAGAUCUAUGAGAAACUACACAUGAAGAAAAGUAUCUCAGGGAUCACCAUGCCACCAUCGUACACAGAGAAAUCUUUCCUCCGCGCAUUGGGCACUGCGUCGAAACAAAUGUUUCGCAGUGGAUUGCAGGCCCUGAAGGGAGGUGGUUGGGGGCAAAACGGUGGCGAAUGGGUGUUCCAAGAUGGGAAGUGCGUUUAUGUCCACCGGAUGAAAAAUGUCUCGGAUCAUUUGACAGCAGAUAAGUUGCUGAAAGUGAUCACUCAAGAUAAUAUACCGGAGAAGUUGUGACUAGGAAGAGCUUGAGGUGGGUGACACGAAGACUAAAGAAAUGGGUUACUGUCGGUUUUUUUCUCUCUCUGAAUAUGUAUUCACGAAAGUAAGUAGUCAGUCGUCGCCGUGAUGGCCAUUUUUGUUCUAUAGUAGAACAUGAUUGACCUGGACAACUUGCAUACGUGUCAAAAUAGCUCAUAUCCAUGUUUGUUAUUAUUUAGUAGCUAGUUUAUGCAGAGGAGCUGGCAACGCAGAUCCUCAGCCCCAGGUUUCCAUCACUUAUAUCGUUGGAUCAAUAAUAUAUGUCGAAUAUACACCAAUGUUACAUUGCACAGCAUA